UGUCCUUCACAUUCGCAUCAUCACCUACACCCCCACACAGCUCAUUUAUCUAUCUAUCCCCCAAUUUGCAACAACAAUAACAAUAGUCAAACCCCUCAUUGUGAUACUUACACACUGAAAUGGCAUCAUCUUCUUUAACUUUCCCAUCUCUGCAACUACAAUUCCCCACUCAAAGAUCAUCAAAACCAUCCUCUCGUCGACUCAUUGUCCGUCCGAUCACUGCCUCCAUAUCGGAAAAACCAUCUGCCACGCCCACUCCGGCGGUGAAGCCACCCCAACCCCCCACCAUCUUACCGAUCACAAAAAUUCCAGGAAACUACGGUAUUCCUUUGAUCGGACCCCUUAAAGAUCGACUCGAUUACUUCUACAACCAAGGCAGAGAUGAGUAUUUCAAGUCUCGAGUCCAAAAAUACCAGUCGACGGUGUUCAGAGCCAAUAUGCCACCAGGUCCCUUCAUUGCCUCCAACCCAAACGUCGUUGUUCUCCUCGACGGCAAGAGCUUCCCGAUCCUCUUCGAUGUCACGAAGGUCGAGAAGCGAGACGUCUUCACCGGAACUUACAUGCCCUCCACAGAACUCACCGGAGGUUACAGAGUCCUCUCCUAUCUCGAUCCUUCUGAGCCCAAUCACGCCAAACUCAAGCAACUCAUGUUCUUUCUUCUCAAGUCUAGCCGCGACAGAGUCAUACCAGAGUUCCAAACCAGCUUCACAGAGCUCUUCGAGAUGCUUGAAAGUGAAUUGGGUAGUGAAGGGAAAGCUAGCUUCAACGAAGCCAACGAUCAAGCUGCUUUCAAUUUCUUGGCUCGAUCUUUGUAUGGGACGAACCCAGUUGAUACGAAGCUCGGUAUCGAUGGACCCAAAUUGGUUACCAAAUGGGUAGUGUUUCAAUUAGGCCCUUUGCUCAUUCUCGGCCUCCCAAAGUUCGUAGAAGAGCUCGUGAUCCACACCUUCCGUCUCCCUCCAGCUCUCGUUAAAAAGGACUACCAGAGACUCUACGAUUUCUUCUACGACUCAUCGACCUUGGUCCUCGACGAAGCAGAGAGAAUCGGAAUCUCAAGAGAAGAGGCUUGUCACAACCUCAUAUUCGCGACCUGUUUCAAUUCAUUCGGAGGCAUGAAAAUCCUCCUCCCAAACAUGAUCAAACGGAUAGCCGGAGUCAACCUCCACACCCAACUCGCGGAGGAGAUCCGAUCCGCCGUCAGAUCCAACGGCGGAGAAGUCACGAUGGCGGCGAUGGAACAGAUGCCGCUGAUGAAAUCCGUAGUAUACGAAUCGCUCCGGAUCGAACCACCCAUAUCAUUACAAUACGGCAGAGCGAAACGCGAUUUGGUGAUAGAGUCUCACGACGCAGCGUUUGAGGUCAAGGAAGGGGAACUAUUGUUCGGGUUUCAACCGUUUGCGACCAAGGACCCGAAGAUAUUCGAGAGGCCGGAGGAGUUUGUGGCGGACAGGUUUGUGGGUGAGGAGGGAGAGAGGUUGUUGAGGCAUGUUUUGUGGUCGAAUGGGCCGGAGACGGAGAGUCCCACGGUGGGGAACAAGCAGUGUGCAGGGAAGGAUUUCGUGGUGUUUGUGUCCAGGUUGUUGGUGGUGGAGUUGUUCCGGCGGUACGAUUCGUUUGAGAUCGAGGUUGGUCAGUCGCCUUUGGGUGCUAAAGUCACUGUGACGUCGCUGAAGAGAGCUAGUUUUUGAACUCCGGCGACGUUGGUGGUGGUGGUGGAGCUAUUCCCGCCACCGGCGAGCGUCGCUGUUUCUGGUACGGUUUUGGCGCAGAUAGGGGAAGUGGAAGAUCUAUUUGGCAGGGUGGUGGUCAAAAUUCAACAGCUUUGUAAGAACCUAGUAUUUUUGGUGGGCUAAUUAUUUAGUGGUCUAAGCAUAUUAGUAAUAUUAGUUGGGUUGUAAUUUCUUAUUUGGCUCUGGAAUUUUUAGUAGAGUUUCAAAAUUAUGAUUUGAAAAUAGAAAAUUUGUUUAAUUAUGAGUUUUGAAAAUAA